CUGCUCUUCUUUUCUUUCCCCUGCACCGAGCAAGGAAGCCCAUAGCCACUGACGCACUCCUCUUGAGAAAGUCGGCAAAGCUUGAUGGAUUUACCUUCUUUUCUUGUUGGAAGCCGAACUUAGACUUGGAGAUCUCCCUUUCCUGCAGAAAAUUCCAGAUUUGCUUGGUGUCUCUUCCUCCCCUGUCCAUCAGUUUCUGCUGGGUGUGAAUCCUUCGGCUUUUUCUGUUUCCGUGAGUUUCCCUGCAGAUUGCUGCCGACCUUCCCCCAAACCCGCCAGCUCCAGCCAUACUUGCUGAAUUCUGCUCGCGUGUUCUGCUCUUCUUCUUCUUCCCAGCAGCUGGCAAGGAAACCCAGCCAAGUCGACAGCACUCCCUUGAGAAACCGAAUUUCCAGAUCUGUUCUGCUCUGUGUCUUCCUCCCUUGCUGUCCGCGAAUUUCUGGUGGGUGGGUGGCGGAAUUUUCAGGUUUUUGUAGAUUUUCCCCUGCACUGCUGCCAGCCUUCCCCCAAACUGCAGCUCUGGUUUUUGCUGCAAAAUUCUGGUUCUUGAUCCUUGGGGUACUUUAGUACGUGAAUUGAGUGCUCGGUUUUAUGCGAUUUGAGGACCAGUGGAAGACGGGCAACCCUCUACUUGUAAGAGAUUCAAGGCCAUUUUAGCAAAUGUUGUGUGUUUUCUAGAUGUGUUUUAGGAGCUGGAUAACUUGCCCGCGUGUUCUGCUCUUCUUCUUCUUCCCAGCAACUGGCAAGGAAACCCAGCCAAGCCGACAGCACUCCCUUGAGAAACCGGUAGGAAGCUUGGGGAUUUCUCCUUCUUUUCUUGCUCUAGAACACAUAUAGAACCCAAAAACUUUCCUCCCUCUGCAGAAUUUCCAAAUCUAUUCUGCUCUACGUCUUCCUCCCUUGCUGUCCGCGAAUUUCUGGUGGGUGGGUAGCGGAAUUUUCAGGUUUUUGGUAAGAAGCAGCCCAAAAUUCCUUUGUUCUUCCUUAAAUUAACUUGGGUUUACUCUAAUUUGUGCUUUUGGUUCUCCAAUUUCGGUAGAUUUUCCCCUACACUACUGCCGGCCUUCCCCCAAAUUGCAGCUCUGGUUUUUGCUGCAAAAUUCUGGUAUGUUGACAGCUCCUUCAAGCUUGAAAUUUCAUCAAUAAAUUGCUGGCUGUGUUGUCCGAAAGUUUGCAGUAAUUAGGGGAUAAUUCCAGUAGCUUUAGGACAAAUUUCAGCAUUAAUUCAAGUGAAAUUUAUGUGAUUGAGUGUUAAUUGACUGUUGUGAGAUUUUGGAGAAAAAUCCCAUGAAUUAGCCAUUGUUUUGCCAUUUAUGGAAGUGCAGUUACUGUUCACGGCGUGAUCACUGUUCACGCACUGAUGACCAACACUUAACGGGGAUUAAAUGAUUAGUUUGUAAUAUAAGAAUAAAUUUGGAGAUGUCUGGUCAUGUGGAGAUUGAUAGGAAUAGCAUCGUGAUUAGGGGGUAGUCAUGAUUUCAAUUUGAAUUUGUGGUAAUGCGGUAUUAAUUUUCGAAUAUUUUGAUUAGGUUCUUGAUCCGUGGGGUACUUUAGUACAUGAAUUGAGUGCUCGGUUUUAUGCGAUUUGAGGUAAGUAAAUUUAUGGUAAUGCCCAUACAGUUUUUAAAAGCAUGUUUUGACUUAUUUUUGAAGUGGUGACGAGAUUAAACCCAUUUUAUACAA